GUACUACCUGAAUGGGUCUGAUCAGUGUGAAAAGGUUUGACAACUCUUGCUUACGAAGGAGGUGUGAGGAGGUUUGCUGCAGACAGUUGUCCUUAUAUGGACAGCCUGGGGAGAAAUAGAUCAAUUUGGGGAGACAUAUUUGCUGUGACUGUGUCCUUCCAGGAAUAAAUCUGCAUCUGUGACACUGGAUGUAUUGACUGCUUGCCUUGGAGUAAAGGUGACUUUCUCCUCUUUGGAAUAUGGUGCCUAACUUCAGCAUCCCAGCAUAUGUUGUGCCAGCAGUAAUUCUGUGCUGCUUGAUGUCAUCAAUGGAGGCAGACAACAAGCCAAACUUCAUGAAAACUCCUGAGGAUCAGAUCGGGAUUUCUGGAGGUGUGGCCUCCUUUGUAUGCCAAGCAACAGGAGAUCCAAAGCCACGCAUCACAUGGAUGAAAAAGGGAAAGAAGGUCAGCUCCCAACGAUUUGAAGUUAUUGAAUUUGAUGAUGGCUCUGGAUCAGUUCUGCGUAUUCAGCCUCUGCGUGUCCUGCGGGAUGAAGCAAUCUACGAAUGCAUGGCCACAAAUAGUGUUGGGGAGAUAAACACUAGUGCCAAACUGACAGUGCUAGAAGAGAACCAGAUCCCCUCCGGCUUUCCAACCAUAGACAUGGGCCCACAGCUCAAGGUAGUAGAAAAGGCCCGCACUGCUACAAUGCUUUGUGCUGCCAGCGGCAACCCUGACCCUGAAAUCUCCUGGUUCAAAGACUUCCUUCCCGUGGACACAGCUGCUAGCAAUGGGAGAAUCAAACAGCUCCGUUCAGGUGGUACACCAAUCAGAGGGGCCCUGCAGAUUGAGAACAGUGAAGAGUCGGACCAAGGAAAAUAUGAAUGUGUUGCCACGAACAGUGCAGGGACCCGUUAUUCAGCUCCAGCCAACCUUUAUGUGCGAGUGCGACGAGUAUCACCUCGAUUUUCAAUCCCUCCAAGCAACCAUGAGGUGAUGCCUGGAGGGAGCGUGAACCUCACAUGUGUAGCAGUGGGGUCCCCAAUGCCCUAUGUAAAGUGGAUUGCUGGAGAUGUGGAACUGACAAAAGAAGAUGACAUGCCAAUGGGCAGGAAUGUUCUAGAGCUGACCAAUAUCACCCAAUCAGCCAACUAUACCUGCGAAGCAAUGUCUUCACUGGGCGUAAUUCAUGCAACAGCACAGAUCACUGUAAAAGCCCUGCCAAAGCCACCAAUAGACACAUUAGUGACUGAGACAACAGCCACCAGUGUAACUCUCACCUGGGAUUCAGGAAAUGCUGACCCUAUCUCCUACUAUGUCAUUCAGUAUAAGCCUAAGUCUUUGGAGGGCACUUUCCAAGAAGUGGAUGGUGUGGCAACCACCCGCUACAGCAUAGGUGGCCUAAGCCCCUUCUCAGAAUAUGAGUUCCGUAUUAUUGCUGUAAACAACAUUGGCAGAAGUCCUCCAAGUGAACUGGUUGAAGCAAGAACAGGAGAGCAAGCCCCAUCAAGUGCACCUCUGAAAGUGCAGGCACGGAUGCUGAGUGCCAGCACCAUGCUGGUGCAGUGGGAACAGCCUGAGGAGCCCAAUGGCCUGAUCCGGGGCUAUCGAGUAUAUUACACCACUGAUCCCCACCUGCCACUCAGCAUGUGGCAAAAGCACAAUACUGAUGACAGCCAUCUCACUACUGUGGGCAGCUUGAUAACUGGGACCACUUAUAGUAUCCGUGUCUUGGCUUUCACUUCCGUUGGUGAUGGACCCCCUUCUGAAAUCAUCCAGGUCAAAACUCAGCAGGGUGUUCCAGCCCAGCCAGCUGACUUCCAAGCUGAGGCAGAGUCUGACACACGGAUCAUGCUGACUUGGCUGCCAGCCUCUCAGGAACGAAUCACCAAGUAUGAGCUGGUGUACUGGGAAGCAGCUGAUGGGGUCCAGCAUAAAGUGGAGUUUGACCAGACCUCAUCAUAUGCAGUUGAAGGACUCAAACCAGACACACUCUACAAGUUUCAGCUGGGAGCCCGCUCUGAACUGGGCCUGGGAGUCUAUACACCAGUUUUGGAAGCCCGUACAGCACAGUCCACCCCUUCUGCCCCACCCCAAGAGGUCGUAUGUGUAAGCACCAGCUCCACCGCCAUCCGGGUAAGUUGGGUACCACCACCGGCUCAGAGCCGCAAUGGAGUCAUCACACAGUAUUCCAUCGCAUACCAGGCAGUGGAAGGAGAGGACAUCACCAAGCAUGUGGUUGAGGGCAUUGGACAUGAGCAUUCCAGCUGGGAGAUCAGCGACUUGGAGAAAUGGACCGAGUAUAAAGUGUGGGUGAGGGCUCACACAGAUGUGGGUCCUGGGCCAGAGAGCAUCCCUGUCUGGGUUCGCACUGACGAAGAUGUGCCUGGUGCUCCACCGCGGAAAGUAGAAGUUGAGUCAAUGAACUCAACAGCCAUUCGUGUCUCCUGGAAGUCACCCAUCUCCAACAAGCAACAUGGCCAAAUCCGAGGCUACCAAGUCACAUAUGUGAAGAUGGAGAACAGUGAGCCAGUUGGACCACAUCUCAUUAAAGAUGUUGUGGUAGCAGAAUCCCAGUUGAGGUUUAAGGACUCUGCUGACCACGAAACGAUCAUAGGAGGCCUUUUACCUGAAACUACCUAUUCUGUCAGCAUUGCAGCCUACACCACUAAAGGGGAUGGGGCCAGAAGCAAGGCCAAGGUGAUUACCACAACUGGAGCAGUCCCAGGGAAACCUACCAUGAUGAUCAGCACCACAUCUAUGAAUACAGCCCUAAUCAAUUGGCAUCCACCCAAAGAGAUGAUUGGAGAGCUACUGGGCUACAUGCUACAAUACAAACGUGCUGAUGAGGAGAAGAUGACAGUCAUUCAGUUUGGGAAGAACGAUGAUCACCACACUGUGACUGGCCUUUACAAGGGUGCCACCUACAUCUUCAAGCUGUCUGCCAAGAAUAGAGCUGGUCCUGGGGAGGAGUUUGAGAAGGAAAUCACUACUGCAGAGGAGGUGCCAACUGGCUUUCCCCAGAACCUGCGUGUUGUGGGCCUUACCACUUCUACCACUAAAGUGACCUGGUAUCCACCACUGCUGGCUGAGAGGAAUGGAAAAAUAACCAACUAUACGGUUGUCUACAGAGACAUUAACAGCCAGCAGAACCUGACUAAUGUUACUAAGGAAACAAGCAUCACUCUGGCCAACCUCAAACCUGACACAACUUAUGACAUCAAAGUUAGAGCCCAUACUAGUAAGGGAGCUGGACCUCUCAGCCCCAGCAUUCAAUCUAGGACGAUGCCAAUGGAACAAGUGUUUGCAAAGAACUUCCGUGUCAGUGCUGUGAUGAAAACAUCAGUGCUGCUGAGCUGGGAGGUGCCAGAGUCUUACAAAUCUGCAGUACCUUUCAAGAUUCUGUACAAUGGUCAGACUGUGGAGGUGGAUGGGCACUCCAUGAAGAAGCUGAUUAAUGACCUGCAGCCCGACACAAAUUACUCCUUUGCACUCACAAACCGGGGGAGCAGUGCAGGGGCACUGCAGCACCGGGUCUUCAUCCGGACAGCACCUGAUGUCCUCCAGAACAAGCCUGUCUCCACAUAUAAAUAUAUCCAUAAUGGACAGUUUACUCUCACUCUUCCCAGAGUGAAGACUGCUGUGCCAGUCAGGUGGUAUUAUAUUGUAGUUGUGCCAAUGGACCCUACAAGCAACAUACUUGCCUCCAAAAUGAGGACCCCAGAUGAGAUGGAACUGGACCAGCUGCUUGAGGCCAUAAAUGAAGGGGGCCCCGACAGACGCCAGCGUCGGCAGGCAGAACACAAGCCCUACAUCGCUGCCCAAGUGGAGGAUCUGCCAGAGACAUUUGUCUUAGGAGAUGAGAAGAAGUACAAUGGCUUCUAUAAUAAGCCACUUUCAGAAGACUUGAGCUACCGUUGUUUUGUGCUAGCUUCACUGGAGGAUGGUGAUACGAAGAAGUAUGCAGCCAGUCCUUAUUCAGAUGAGAUUGUGAUGGAGGUAUCAGCAAAACAGCAAGAUGAACCAGAGAUGCUGUGGGUGAUGGGUCCUGUCCUGGCUGUCAUCUUAAUCAUCAUCAUUGUCAUUGCAAUUCUGCUCUUCAAAAGGAAAAGGGCCAAUUCACCUUCUUCCAAGGAUGAGCAUUCUAUUGGCCUGAAGGACUCCUUGCUGGCCCAUUCUUCUGAUCCAGUUGAAAUGAGGCGACUCAAUUACCAAACACCAGGUGCCAGUGGCCCCAGUUGCCCGAAUCUCUCAAGCAUGCGUGACCACCCUCCCAUUCCAGUGACAGAUCUCUCUGACAACAUCGACCGUCUGAAGGCCAACGAUGGGCUGAAGUUCUCCCAGGAAUAUGAGUCCAUUGAUCCUGGACAGCAAUUCACAUGGGAGAACUCCAACUUGGAAGUGAACAAACCAAAGAACCGCUAUGCAAAUGUGAUAGCCUAUGACCACUCUCGUGUCAUCCUGACCUCAAUUGAUGGGGUCCCUGGAAGUGACUACAUCAACGCCAACUACAUUGAUGGCUACCGCAAGCAGAAUGCCUACAUCGCUACACAAGGGCCUUUGCCAGAAACACUCAGUGACUUCUGGAGGAUGGUGUGGGAACAGCGCACGGCAACUAUUGUGAUGAUGACCCGGUUAGAGGAGAAGUCUCGGGUAAAGUGUGAUCAAUAUUGGCCAGGGCGUGGUACAGAGACAUAUGGCUUGAUCCAGGUGACAUUGCUGGACACGGUCGAACUUGCAACUUACACAGUUCGGACAUUCGCCCUAUAUAAGAAUGGGUCUAGUGAAAAACGAGAGCUGCGGCAGUUCCAGUUUAUGGCUUGGCCUGACCACGGUGUGCCAGAGUACCCAACUCCUAUUCUGGCUUUCCUGAGACGGGUAAAAGCCUGCAAUCCCCCAGAUGCUGGCCCAGUGGUUGUACACUGCAGUGCUGGUGUGGGCAGGACAGGCUGUUUCAUUGUAAUUGAUGCCAUGCUUGAGAGGAUGAAGCACGAGAAGACAGUUGACAUCUAUGGGCAUGUGACAUGCAUGCGUUCACAGAGAAACUAUAUGGUGCAGACCGAAGACCAGUAUAUCUUCAUACAUGAGGCCUUGCUUGAAGCAGCCACCUGUGGAAACACUGAAGUGCCUGCACGCAACCUCUUUGCUCACAUCCAGAAACUGAGUCAGGUACCUCCAGGCGAGAGUGUAACAGCAAUGGAGCUGGAGUUUAAGCUCCUUGCCAACUCUAAAGCACAUACCUCACGAUUCAUCAGUGCCAACCUCCCAUGCAACAAAUUUAAAAAUCGUCUGGUGAAUAUCAUGCCCUAUGAGCUGACACGAGUUUGUCUGCAGCCGAUCCGGGGCCUCGAGGGCUCAGAUUAUAUCAAUGCCAGCUUUGUAGAUGGCUACAGGCAGCAAAAGGCCUACAUUGCCACACAGGGCCCCCUAGCUGAGACCACAGAGGACUUCUGGCGGAUGCUGUGGGAGCACAACUCCACAAUUGUGGUGAUGCUGACCAAGCUGCGAGAGAUGGGGAGGGAGAAGUGCCAUCAGUACUGGCCAGCCGAGCGCUCUGCUCGGUACCAAUACUUCGUGGUGGAUCCCAUGGCUGAAUACAACAUGCCUCAGUACAUUUUGCGAGAGUUCAAGGUCACUGAUGCCAGAGAUGGGCAAUCAAGAACCAUCCGGCAGUUCCAGUUCACUGACUGGCCUGAGCAGGGAGUACCAAAAACAGGCGAGGGCUUCAUUGACUUCAUUGGGCAAGUCCAUAAAACCAAGGAGCAAUUUGGCCAGGAUGGGCCCAUCACUGUACACUGCAGUGCGGGGGUUGGACGCACUGGAGUAUUCAUCACAUUAAGCAUUGUCUUGGAGCGCAUGCGCUAUGAAGGUGUAGUUGACAUGUUCCAGACUGUGAAGACCCUGAGGACACAGCGACCAGCCAUGGUGCAGACAGAGGACCAGUACCAGUUGUGCUACCGAGCUGCACUGGAGUACCUUGGCAGCUUUGAUCACUAUGCAACGUAACUAGUGCUUUCAGCCAGUUGCAGCAGGAAUGUCCAAGAGCAGAGAGACGGGUUCUUCCCAGCCAGCCGCCCAUUCGUUAGUACUUCUGUGCAGAUGCUGAUGCUGCUGUGGCAACAGCCUCCCCCUGACCAACCAGUUUUGACCACAGUAUUUAGGUACAUUGCCACAGCACCAAAUGUGGGACCAUCUUCUAGCAUUUCCAAACUCCAGACGAUUUUCUGUUAAUGCCCCCACUCCUCCUCCUGCCCUUGAUAGCAUUUCAUGGUGAGAGUCACUGGGUGGAUGGAAUGGGAUCUUUUAUAUAUGUAAAAUAGUUAACUAGCCUUUUAUAUCUUUUCUUUUAAAUUCUUUUGCAAGUCUUAAAUGUUUUGCUCAGGCAAAACAAGAGAAUGGAGGUGGUGGGGUUUGAACUUCCUUUUGCUUUCCCCCCUUACUCUUUUGUUGUUGCAACCAUAGUGGUGCUGCACAUUUUCGGGCAGCCCCAGGUUAACAUUCAUGGCUGGCUCACAGCUCUGGGGCCCUUCCACUCCCUCUUUGUUCCUUUGUAGAAUAUUCAAUUCCACAGAGCUGGAGCCAACCUAAUGAUUAUUUCUAAAGCCUUUCCCCCCAUAGGCCUGUCUGUCAGAUGGGACUCCAGCAACUAUCCAGUGCUUGGUCCUAUUGACAUGUGUCCAGUGACCUCAUAUUUGUCAGUAGAUCCCAUAUGAACUUUGCAUCUGAGAGAGACUCCACCACCUUGGGUUCUUCUCUUGUUAAGAUAGGGAGGGAAGUGUAGCGUCUGUGCACGCACACAACAGCAAUUUCCCAAAAGGGACCUGACUUGAUACACAUUUAUUUAGUCCUCUCUGUGCCAGUAGCAUCCCUAAGGUGCUGUUGCCCAGGCAACUGUGGCCAACCAAAUGCGUUAGAGCAUCUUCCAAGGUGAAAGAGCACAACUCUGGGAAGUCCAGCCUUCCUGCACAAACCACCCCAGGCUGGGGGUGCCUUGGUUUUUGGGGAGGGAGGGGGGAUUGGGGUUCUUCAGGUAAGGGCAUGAAUUCUCAGAGGCUGGGAGUGGUUAUAAUUUCUUCUAUCCUAUAAACAUUUAAAAGUCAUUAGAAUGCUGUAUUUUUCACUACGACAGGAUGGUCUAAUUAACCAAUGUGGCAAGACUACUGGACUUAAUUUAAUGGUACUAUAUAUUAAUACUCCUUAUUAUCUCACACUUUGCACUAAAGGCAGGGAGAUUACAGCCUUCUCCCAGGUGCAUAGCUCUAUAAAUAAAGGUGGUGGAAAGGUCUCUAAUUGUAUUAUCCAAUGUAUCCAAACUGCAUUGAAAUCAACAAUCCUGGGUGGUGCCGUUGGAGAGAACAUUCAUUUUUAACUUGUGAAAGCAUAGUGCUGUAGGGGUCACUGUUGUAUACAGUCUGUUUUCUAUUUGUUAAUAAAAAUCUACAGCAUCAUUGCAUAAUUCUUGAUGUUAAUAAAUUUGAAUAAUCGGGUUUCCUACAAA